AUGGAGUAUAAGAGAGGCAGUUCAACAGCAACACCACCGGCAAGUUCUUUCCAGAGGAAAAUAGCGGUUUUAGGGGCCAGGAACGUCGGUAAGACGACAUUGACGGUACGAUUUGUGGAGUCUCACUUCGUUGAAUCAUACUACCCUACGAUUGAGAAUGAAUUCACCAAGAUCAUACAGUUUAAGAACCACAACUAUACGCUUGAGAUUCUGGACACUGCUGGCCAGGAUGAGUUCUCGCUGUUGAAUAUGCAAUCGCUGAUGGGAGUGAAGGGAAUAGUGCUAUGUUACAGCGUUGCCAAUCGAAGCAGUUUUGAGAUGGUACCGGUCAUCUGGGAAAAACUAGUGGACCAGCUCGGAAGGGAUAACCUUCCAGUGAUAGUGGUCGCCAAUAAGAUUGACAUUAGGGACGGGGAUCGGUCCAAUAGCAAGCGAUAUGUGAGCAGGUUGGAAGGCGAACAGAUGGCCAGUGGUAUAGCGAGCAGCGAUAGGAAGCUGCAGGCAGGAUUUAUAGAGAGCAGCGCGAAGGAGGACAUAAAUGUGGACGCUGCCAUCAUGUUGCUGUUGAAGAAGAUGGAGAUCGCGGAAUCGGGCGGAUCAUUCGACGGCAGCAGCGACGCUAAGGGGUGUAGAGUAAUGUGA